AUGAUGUUGAUUGAUCCUAACAAGUAUCCUAACUCACAUUCGAACUUAAAUGAGUUAAGGAACAAAUGGUUUGUCAACCUAUCUAAUGUGAACAUUCCGGUUGAGAUUCAAUGUUUUUUACAACUGGGUGAGAAUUUUAGCCUUCCUCACAUCAACACUCCCAAGUUAACUAUGGAAUUCAUAAAACAUGUAGAAUGCAACUUGUGGAAGAUUCCUCCUGAAUUAAGAAACCUUAUUAGAGACAAUUCGAAAUCCAUAAUUAAAAAUAUUUCCUCAUUUUCUUAUCCUAGAAAUUUACAUAAUGAAUGGUUGAUGCGUCUUUAUUCGACCACAAAAAAUUUUCUCCAUAAUAACAAAGAUCUCAUCCUCACUCGUGCUGACAAGGGUAACGUUACUGUAGCUCUCGAUAAAUCCGAUUAUUUAAACAAAGUUGAAGUUUUGCUCCGUGAUGAGAACACCUAUGUAAUAAUCAAAAAAGAUCCUACUAAAAAAUUGAUUUUGAAUUUGAAAGAACUAUUAUCUAGAUGGAAGAAUCACGGUUAUAUCUCUAAUGUAACUUAUAAAUCUCUUCUGUUCACCGAUGGUACCUUGCCUAGAGCUUAUGGUUUGCCUAAAAUCCAUAAGAUUGACAUUCAAUUCAGACUCAUUGUUUCUUCUAUUAAUAGCCCACUUUAUUCUCUCGCAUUGUUUUUGCACAAGGUCAUAAUUAAGAACUUGCCUGUUGCCUCUAGUCAGGUUAAUAACAGCUUUGAUUUAGUACAUAAUUUGGCGAAUGUCCAUAUGGAUGAUAACUCUAAACUGAUCUCUCUGGAUGUCAUUUCCUUAUUCACAAAUAUUCCUAUUGAUCUUGCUCUUCUCAGCGUCUCGAACAGAUGGUGUUUUAUACGUGAUGCGUGUGAUCUGCCCGAAUCCGAGUUUUUAAAUGCAGUCAGACUAGUUUUAAACUCUACUUUUUUUACUUUUAAUAACAUCAUAUACAAACAAACUUUUGGUACUCCCAUGGGAUCUCCUUUAUCACCUAUCAUAGCAGAUAUUGUCUUACAAGACCUAGAAAAGAAUGCUUUGAAUAUGCUCAAAUUUACCCCCCGUUUUUAUUUUAGAUACGUUGACGAUAUUUUAAUGACAGUUCCUUCCGACUCUACUGACAUGACUCUUUCUAUUUUUAACUCAUUUCAUGACAGACUACAAUUUACAUCUGAAUUAGAAGUUGACAGAAAAAUCAAUUUCCUAGAUGUAACUAUAAUUGUGGAAAAUAAUGCUUUAAUUUUUGACUGGUUUCAUAAAUCUACAUUUUCGGGCAAAUAUUUAAAUUAUUAUUCCCAACACCCGUUAUGCCAGAAGAGGGGCACGAUAAUCGGCCUUGUUGAUAAGGCUUUUUCUUUAUCACAUCCAAGAUUUCACAGCAAAAACCUUGAUCUUAUCGUUAGAAUCCUUUUGAACAAUUGCUAUCCGCUGAGCGUCAUUUUUGAAGUCAUGAAUAAGAGGCUGAGAUUCUUGAUCGGUAGUCAUGGUCGCAUUGUUAAUGGGACGCAGAAUAGUUCCCCCACUUAUUUCACUGUUCCGUAUUUACCAAAUGUUACAGAACAGUUUAGGAACAUCACAAAAAACUUGGAUAUUAAACUUUCCUACACCAGUUUAAAUAAACUAAACAAGUUUAUAAAAGUGCAUAAAGACUACAUUCCUAGUAACUACAAAACUAACGUAGUCUACAAAAUAAACUGCUCUGAUUGUGACGCUUCUUAUAUCGGUCAAACUUCGAGAAUGCUGAAGACAAGAAUUUUUGAACAUAGAUCUCAGAUUAACAGGAAUCAUGUGACUCCUUCAACUGUCACAAGUCAUAGACUGCAGUGUGAUCAUGACUUUCGUUGGGAUGAUGUUCAGGUUUUAGACGAAACUUCAUCUUAUUAUAAAAGACUUAUUUCUGAAAUGUUGUUUAUUAAGAGACAAAAGAAUGGUUUAAAUUUGCAGACAGACACAGAAAAUUUACCGUCUUUAUAUCUUGACAUUAUAAACAAGUUACCGAAAAUUUGA